CUACCUUUAACAACCCGCAAUCAUGGCAGGCGCUUGGGAUGACGAAGAGUCUAGCGGCUCUGCUCCCGGCUCUCCUCAAAUUAUCGCCCGUCGCAGCAAGUUCGACGACGAGGAGGAGGAAGGUGAUGUCCUCGACUCCUGGGAUGCCGCCGAAGACUCGGAAGUUGAGAGAGAAAAGGCAAAGAAGGUCGCAGAGGCAAAGGCAAAGGCUGAAGAGGAGGCCAAGAAGAACCACAAGUCCAAGAGUCAGAGAAUAGAGGAGAGAAGACAAGAGAACAUGCGCAAGAGACUGGAAGACGCCGACUUCGACAGCGAGGAUGACGAGGACGAAGCCGAGCGCAAGGCUAGACUGCGCAGAGAACAGAAGGAGUCCGACCUUAAGCACGCCGAGGAUCUCUUCGAGGGUAUCGGUGUUCCUGCCACCCGCAGCAACCCCAAGGCCAUCACCGUUGCCGACGAGAAGCAGCCCGGAAAUGCCAUCGACCUCUCGGCCAUGCCUUUGUUCAAUCCCACUACCAAGGACCAGUUUGCCAAGCUCCGUGAGAUCCUUUCUCCUCUUCUCGUAGCAAACAGCAAGAAGGCUCAGUACACGCUGUUCAUGCAGGAGUUCGCCAAGGACAUUGUCAAGGAGCUUCCCAGCGAACAGAUCAAGAAGAUUGCCAGUGGAUUGACCACCCUCUCCAACGAGAAGAUGAGAGAAGAGAAAGAAGCACUCAAGGGAGGCAAGAAGUCAAAGGCAGCCAAGACCAAGACCAGUCUUGCAGGUGGUAGAAACGUCGAUGCCGACACGACUGUCUACGAUGAUGAUGGUCUCGAUGACGGCGACUUCAUGUAAAUGAUGAACGACAAGAGAAGCGAGUUCGAUUUCCCGGCAAUGGAUCUCCUUUGUGGAUAAUGGAUAGAGAGUACGAGAAGCAUUU